AUUUUUUUAAAUAUAAUUUCCUGUUUGUCGUUAUUUAAAUUAUUUAAAAAUGUGCUCUAAAAAUAUAGCAAAUGUCUUCAUAAGAAGAGUUUUUAACACUUACAGAAAUUCUAAUGGCAAUACAUUUUUGUCUGGAAAAAGUUUAUUCACGAAUUUUCAUCCAUUAAACAGUAAUUUUCCAAUAAGAUGCAAAUAUAUACAACAUAAGGGUGUUAAAGGUAUACGGAGCAAAAAGAGUGCGUACGAGGCUAUUUCUAAAGUAGACAAUCAGUCAGAUUCGAAAUUUUACGGAGGUUUUGAAGACGGCAAUUCCGAUGAGUCACUCAAUUUGAACGAUAACGCCUAUGAAGAAUUAGCUAGCAGUGCCAUGCAUAUUUCCGCACCCUCUUCAACACAAAAUGUCUUCGUUAUACAACCAUAUGUUAAAUGGGGCGGCGAGCGUAAUACAUUAAGUACCCCCGAUGACCAAUUGGAAGAGGCAAAAGCGCUUAUCGGCUCCCUACCCAACUGGCGUGUUGGCUAUGCAAUCAAAGUACCGCUGGAAACACUCAACCGUAAAGCGCUUUUUGGCAGUGGCAAAAUCGAAGAAAUCAAACAACUGUUACAGGAACUCAAUGCCCAAGACUCAUUCUCCUGCCUAUUUAUCAGCAAAAGCACACUAACUUUCGUCCAAAAACGAUACCUGGAAGAUACAUUCAAACUACCAAUUUUGGAUCGUUAUUCGGUCGUCAUUCAAAUUUUACGUUUGCAUGCCACUAGUGCGGAAGCGCGUCUUCAAGUGGCCAUGGCUGAAAUUCCCUACAUAUGGAGCCAAGCUAAAGAUGCGAAUCCGACGCUAUCUCGUAAACAGGGCUACAUGUUUACGGACACUCAACGAGAAAUGCUUAAAACAAGAGAACGGAAGUUGAAGUUGCAAUUGGAUCGGAUUAGGGAUCACAGGCGGCUGCUUCGUAACAAACGCAAACAAAAAAAUUUCCCUGUGAUUGCUGUAGUUGGUUAUACAAACGCUGGAAAAACGUCACUAAUUAAAGCACUUACUCAGGAGCAAAAUAUGCAACCACGUAAUCAACUGUUUGCGACGCUAGAUGUAACGGCACAUGCAGGUAUUUUGCCAUGCAAUCUUGAAGUUAUAUAUAUGGAUACAGUUGGUUUCAUGUCUGAUCUACCGACUGGUUUAAUUGAAUGUUUUGUAGCGACGUUGGAAGAUGCUAUGUUGGCAGAUAUUAUUUUACAUGUCCAAGACGUGUCACAUAGAUGUAAACAAGCUCAACAACAACAUGUGAUGACGACCUUGGAAACACUCAAAAACACUAUUUCCACAACUGAAAAAAUGCCACCCGUGAUAAACGUUGGUAAUAAAGUCGAUCUUAUAUCAUCUCUAAUGAGUCCACAGACACCCAGCGACACACAUUAUGUUUCAUCAACGCAGCAGAUAGGCCUUAAAGAUUUGUUAAUAGAUAUUGAAAAACAAAUACUAGCUGUGACUGGUCGACGGAGAGUGACAAUGCGUGUACGCAAUGGGGGACCAGAAGUGGCAUGGUUGUACAAAAAUACAGCGGUAACAAAUGUACGCGCAGAUGAGAUCAGUGCCGAAUAUUUACUAAUGACUGUUGUUAUUAGCGAACUAACUAUGCAACAAUUCAAACGGGAAUUUCUCUCUGUAAAUCAAUAACAAAGACACAAAAAGUAUAAGAAUGAAUAAAAGUGAUUGUAUAAAAUAAAUAGAAAUACAUAUAUUCUAAUAAGUGAAUACGUUAAUACAACCAUGAAUAUGUAACCUACACAUAAGUUGCACAUAUACGUUUUAUGUGUGAAUAAAAAUAAAAAGUAAUUUUUAAAAUUCAA